AUGUCAGUCCUUCUAUGGAAUUGUAGAGGCGCAGCUAGCGGGAGACUCGCUCGUACACUUAAAGUUCUUGUGCAGAAACAUAAUAUCAAGUUGGUGGCAAUUUUUGAACCUAGGGCUUCUGGUGAUCGAGCUGCAAAAUUAGCAAAAAGCCUAGGUGUUGAAGAGGCCCAGGGGUUUUCUGGUGGUAUUUGGUUAUUUUGGUGCUCUCAUUUCUUCAGAAUAGAGCCUAUUGAGCAAUCUAGUCAGUUUGUCCACGUUAAAAUUCUUAGAAAUGAGGAACUGUUCACCUUUCUUACAGCUAUUUAUGCCAGCCCCCGUGAAGAGAAGAGGAACUCAUUAUGGCAAGAUCUUCGAAGACUGAGCUCUCAGGUAGCGGAUCCUUGGAUUAUGGGUGGUGAUUUUAAUGAGAUUGCACAUUCAUCAGAGAAGAAAGGAGGGGCUAUUGUUGAUAUAACAAAAUGUCAAAAGUUUGCUGACGUUCUAGAUGAUUGUAAAGUAAUCGAUUUGGGUGGAGCUGGUGCUUUCUUUACUUGGCAAAGGCCUAAGUGGGGACAUUUGGAUCAUAUUUUUAAGCGUCUUGAUCGAGUAUGUGCAAAUGAAGCUUGGAGAUUGAAAUACACAGAUGCAAAUGUUCGGGUGCUUCCUAGGAUUCAAUCUGAUCACAAUCCUCUUUUAGUAGUGUUGUAUGCUAAUCAGGCUCAUUUAGGGACAAGACCAUUUCGAUUUGUCGCAGCAUGGCAGCAACAUCCAAUGUUCAACUCGUUCCUUGAUGAAUAUUGGCAGUCUAAUGAGACGUGCAGUAAUAUGCUUCAGCGGUUGGUCCCUCCAUUAAAACAAUGGAACACCAACGUUUAUGGGAAUAUUUGGCUAAGAAAAAAGGGUCUCAUUAAGUCAAUAGAUCGGGUCUAG